CUCUUCUCACCUUCUUCUCGCUCGCUCGCUCAGAUCCGGAAGCUUUGGGGAAGGAGCUGCGCGUGCACGGGAUCGGCCUCGCGCAGUGGCAGCAGCUGGGCUACUACGGCCGGAGCGGGAUGGGUCUCCUCGACAAGCUGUGGGACGACACCGUCGCGGGCCCCCGCCCGGACACCGGCCUCGGCCGCCUCCGCAAGCAGCCCGCGCGCCCCGCCGCCGUGAAGAUCAAUGAUCCGGCCGGGGACGCGGCGGCCUUCGUCCCGCCGUCGCCGGCGUCGGGCAGCGAGGAGACGCCCGUCAAGGUGACGCGCAGCAUCAUGAUCAAGCGCCCCGCGGGGCACCCGUCGUCGCCGAGGAGCGCGGCCAGCACGCCGCCGGCCUCGCCGCUGGGGACCACCCCGCCCAUCUCGCCGUUCGCCGGCGCCGGUGGUCGCUUCAGAAGGAAAUCAUCGUCUGAUGCUUAUGAAAGGGCAUCCCCACCAGGGACGACCAGCCACACUCCUCCCUUCGAAGUGUGAGCACACGACAUGCUCACACUCCUUUUUGCUCCUUGACAAGCAUCUACUUCACCAAAGGUAGAGGAGGAGGAGAGAAGACGUCAAGAGGGGAACCGGGAAUAAGCCACGGGCUGUCUUAUUACCUCUACUGUGAUAUAUUGUAGAUGCCGCUAUGCGUCGUGUUUUCGCAUCCACUCUGUGGCUUAGUUUGUAGAAUAUGUUGAAAGCUCUUGGUGGUGUGCCGUGUCAAUAAGCUGCUGUGUGCAUGUGGCGGCUAUGGGCUGCGUGGAGCUUUGCCCUUGCUGCGUUGUGUUUGUUUCCUCUACCUGCUGUGUGUCAAAAGGAUGGGGUCUUGCCUGUAAUGUUAGCAGGGAGGUGGAGUGCAUGUAAUGUAAUCCUUUUUGAUGUAUGGUAUCUAGUAAACUGAAGGUGUCUGCUUGAACUUGCUGUGAA